GAUGCAAGUAAGAAGAUGAUGGAUGUUAUUAAUAUGGUGAUCCUUGCCUUUAAAAUAAUUUUCCUGGCCUUGCAAGGCUAUAUUUGCAUGGAGAUCAUCGGAGGUCAAGAUGUUAAACCUCACUCAAGACCAUACAUGGCAUCUAUUCAGGUAGAUGGAAAUCAUAAAUGUGGAGGAGCUUUGAUCACACCUGAAUGGAUACUGACUGCAGCACACUGUUCACUAAAUAUAAUGCACAAACGCAUUGAAGUACUUCUCGGGGCUCAUUCACUUUCUAACAGAACGGGAAAGAAGGAACAGUUAUUGAAAGUCGUGCAGGUUGUACCUCAUAAAGAUUUCCAUUUGCUUAGGCACGACAUCAUGCUAUUACAGUUGUCUCAUGAAGCUGUUCUGAACAAGUAUGUGUCAACGCUGAAGCUUCCAAAAUCGACAGAAGAUAUCAAACCUAAAACCAAGUGCAGUAUUGCAGGAUGGGGAAUAACUAAUCCACGAAGUACAACACCUUCUGAUACUCUAAAGAAAGUGAAUAUAGAAAUAAUGGACAGGAAGGUCUGCAACAGUGAAGUGUGUUAUAAUGGCGAUCCUUUGAUAACAGAGGAAAUGUUAUGUGCUGGUGAUAAAAAAUAUAGAAAAGAUUCAUGUUUGGGAGAUUCGGGUGGACCAUUAAUUUGUCAAACUAAAAUGUUUAGGAAAAAAGUGUACUGUGGCAUAAUUAUAGGUGGAGGAGAUGAAUGUGCACUUCGCAACAAACCUGGCAUUUAUACCCGAUUAUCCAAGAACAAUCUCCGCUGGAUAAAUGAUAAAAUCAGGGUUACAACUCAUAACAUGACAAAGAGCGCACUCACUCAGCCCGCACUCACUCGUACAACUGUGGUGAACAUGUUGCUUGAGGUUUUGCUCAGUUCUGUGACAAUUUUGUUCACUCUAACACCAGGCUAUGAUUGUGUGGAAAUUAUUGGAGGAAGUAAGGUUAGAUCUCAUUCAAAACCUUACAUGGCAUCUAUUCAGGCUUUUAACAAAACACGGAAACGAUUCACACAUGUAUGUGGAGGAGCUUUGAUCAAACCCAACUGGAUCCUGACUGCAGCACAUUGUAAAAUGGAACUCAUGGGAAAAAAACAAGUGGUCCUUGGAGCUCUCUCACUUUCAAAAAAAGAAAAAGGAAAGCAAAUAUUCAUCAUCAAAGAUAUGAUCGUAUAUCCAUCUUUUAACCACAAACAACAAAAAAAUGAUAUCAUGCUUCUGAAGCUUAAAUCUAAAGCAAAGCCUAAUAGUUUUGUAAAUUUCUUGCCGUUACCUAAAUCUGGAGAUGAUGUCAAAGUUGGAACCAAGUGUAAUGUUGCUGGUUGGGGGAUUACAGCAGCUGGAAACUCUCAACCCUCUGAUAUGCUGCAGGAAGUGAACAUAACUAUCAUAGACAGGAAAAAGUGUUCAGAAUAUUACAAAAAUAAUUCCCAAAUAACUGAUGAUAUGCUAUGUGCUGGUGAUAAACGAGGAGGAAAAGAUGCCUGUCAGGGAGAUUCAGGUGGUCCACUGAUAUGCAAGAGAGUGUUCAGAGGAAUCGUUUCUUUCGGAGAUGGUUGCGGAAAACCUAAGAAACCUGGUGUUUACACACGACUUUCCAAAAAGUACCUUUCCUGGAUUAACAGCAGAAUCAAAGCAUCCAGCAAUACUGAGAUCUAGUGACAAAGCUGUACUGCUUAUUCUAAGCUUUAUGUUGGAGAAGUGAGCUAGGAGAAGGCUAAUGUGCUUUUGAUUAAAUGCUCCUUAAAAUUGUGUAACUUUACCAUGCUUAGCAGAGCUAUGCAAUGUAGAGUAAUUCAAAGUUAGUAGCCUGCAUAUGCACAAAACAGAUUUUUAACCUGGUUUAGUGCCUAUUAGAAAGGCAGCAGGGGUCAUGCUGGAGUAGCACCAACAUUAUAAAGAAGCUCUAUUUUUAUAGUGCCUUAUCAUGCCAAACAUCUCAAAGUACAUUACAGGUACUGUC